AUGUCCGAAAAAAAAAUUGACAAUUCUCCAUUUCUGAACAAAAUGGAAAACUUUGAAAUUGUGGAUGGAAAAUAUAAAAAGUCGAGGGGAGACAUAAAAAAUGUGUAUAGGAGUUUGGACAAUGAAUUUAAUUUUGAUAUUGGAGAUGUGGAAGUUAACGGAGAGGGAGAUAAUAAUGAACAAGUUGAAGAUGCUAGGAAAACAUCAAAUGACAUGAAGAACCAAGGAAACGAUCGAAUGAAUUACAAAACACAAGAAAAGGAUGCUAAACAGGAUGAAAAACAACAAGAUAGGAAUAUAAGAACAAUAAAAAUUGAUAGAAAAAAUUUAAAAAAAAUGUUUAGCAGCCAAUUCUUCACACAAACAUUAACUGAUGAUUCUAGUAUAAAUUCAUUAACUGAAUUAAAAAUAAACAAAAAAUAUGCUAUUUUAGAAUUAUUUAAAACUUUUUUUCUAAUUAUUUUAUUCUUUCUUACGUCUUACUUUGCUUUCAUUUAUAUAUAUAAUAAUUACAUCAAACAAACACAUAUAUGUGGAUAUUUGGAUAUGUAUAAUUAUAAAUAUCAAAAUGAAGUUCGCUUCAUUUCUACUGUCAGCAACGCUAAGCAUUAUGUUUUUACCGGAAAAUUUCCCUUCGACGUGAUAACACAGAAACUGCGUAAGGAGCUGCUAAAAAACAGCAUGAACGAAGAGAUAGAAAAGUACAACAAAGAAAACAAGGAAAAGGAAAAUUUUGAGAAAAUUCAAACAUUAGAUGAUCAUGAAAUACAAAUAAUGUCUUUUAUGAAAUAUAAUAACAAAAUGAAAUGUGAGAAAAAGAUCUUCGAUUUGUACAUGCCUUUUUACUUAAAAUCAACGGACGUGAACUUAGGACAGUUGGACUUUGUAGUCAAUGAAGUGAAUUACAAUUUUAUAACAAAUCCGUACAAUGUCCCCGAGGGCCGGCUGCACGCGGAAGUUGCAAACUUCAUGAAAAAAAGCGAAAGCCAAAACAAGAUUUGCUACAUAACUUCGUAUUUAAACUCCCUGAAAAAUGAAAAGACAGUUGAAGGGAGUAGAAUCUUGAGUGAAGAAGGAAAUGUCGCCACUCAAGUAACAUCUCAAAUUACAGAAGGAGAGAAGAGUAAUGGUGUGAUUAACAAAGCGACAGAUAUUAUUUCGACAACUAUAGAAAGUGCAAAAAGGUAUCUGAAGAAUGGAAAUGCAAAAGUUGAUCAACAUAUUCAACAUGACAAUGAAUAUAAUUCCGGUUCUCAUUUUAGCGACCAUGGAAAAUCUCCCAAGAAAAAAAUUAUUUACAUGUAUGAUUAUUAUGACAACAACUUUGUGGAUUUGUUGAUUGCCAUUUAUGAUAUGCAAUAUAGAAAUUCAUUUCGUGACUUGAAAGAAUAUUGGGAAGAAAUAAAACAGAAAUUUAAGAUAGUUCAUGCUGAGGAAAUACACCUCCUUGAAUGGUAUUGCCUUGGCAUAAAUUAUAACUUAAUUGAAAAUAAUAAUCAGUAUAAGUUAAAUUGCGUUGAUCUUUUGAAAUAA